GCUGACAGGACCUUGGAGAAGAUGACGGUGAGACCACCUGAGUCCCUGUUCUGAGUCAGCCCUUGCCUGGUGUGCUAUGGCGCUACAUGGCCUCUGCAGGACCGGAACACUAUAGCAUAGGCCUCAAAAGGGGAAGCAACUUCCAACUCCCCGUUCCAGCUGCGGAGAGACCCCCCGAGAGCCAGGCCUGGUUCCUCGCUCAGCAGCAGGUGAAGCCCAUCUGGAAGCUAGGAAGAAAGCAUGUGAGUACUUUCCAAGACCACAGGCCAAUCCACUCAGGGAUCCCUCCCCAGCGCGCCUGCUUCUUGUACCCAGCCUCGUUAUGCAGCAGUCACCUGAGUGACCGAAGCCUGCCCCUCUCCCGGUCCCCGCCCCAUCCCUUCCCGGACCUCGCGGGGAGCACAUUGCUGUAUCGGCGCUCGUACUUCAGACACAAGCCCUACCAGCGGCUUGAGUCCAUCUGCUUACGGUCCAGUACUUCGGAGAGCCGACAGCUUCCUUUCCCAUCCAAAGGGCUCCAGGCUGACCACGGCAUGGCAUCCUCGGCGGUGGAACCAUUCCCACAGCUGAGUGCAGCUGGGGAGCAGGCCGGCUCAGGGGGGAAAUGCGCUCCUCUAGGCUCAGGUAAACAAACGUCCGGCCAGUACAAACCAGUGCUAAACAAUAACUCCUUCCUACGGCCAAACAGUGCUAAAGUGCCUUCGCUGCAGUCGCCAGAGAACAAGAAACUGAAGAACACCCCGAGGUCUCUGGCGAUACCUUGGUCCCAUUGUGGGGGGACCGGGGACAGCUCCUCCAUGAGUCUGGAGAACAGAUCUGGGAAGGGCAACAGCCUUGUGCUGGAGCAAGCCACCCCUGUGUCCGUCCUGUCUCCAGUUCAGCCCAACGCGGCCUUCCAAGCCGAGCAAAGCUCUUGGCACUUAGAGGACAGUGAGAGCCGGGUGCAGACUUUAAAAGCCAAGGAACGAGAGAUCCGGCUUACAGAGGCCGUGAGGAAACUAAGCAGGAAGGUUACCUACAACGAAUUCGGCCGCAGGAUUGAGACCUCCUGCCUCAUGAACACGGGCUUCCAGUACAACCUAUUCAAUAGGAACAGCCGCUGGAAACAGCAUCUCCUCGCCCAGCUGAGCCCAAAAGAAACGGCCGCCCCCUUGAACUUGGAGCUGGGUAACCGGUGCCUAAGUGGUAACCUGAGCCUGGCUGGCCCCAAUGGUGCCAGCGUCUGCACUAAACGAAUAAGCGUUCGCCUCUUAGCCUCCAAUUCUGACUCUUCAGACCCCAGUGCGCCUUGUCGGACUGUGAACUUCCUGGGCCUGAGCAGUGGAGACCAGGUGGGGAAAACCAAGCCAGCCCACCAUGCUGACAUCUCCACGGUAGCAGCUCAGAUGUCCACCAUCCAGCUGAGCAAGGAUGCGAAGUGGGAGCAGGCCGCUCCCCUGAGAGAGCCAGAGGUGGCCGUCAACCUGCCCCUGCUCGACCCCGGAGAGCCCGAAGCCGAUGCAGAAGAAGAGCUUCCUGAUGGCCUGGAAGACGGCUGCAGUCAGGAUGAGGAGGAAGAGGAUGGUGAGUCGGACAGCUCCUCCGUCACAGGCUUAUCGCCCAACGGCUCUGUGGCUCUGAUUUCCAGGAAUUGUCUUGAGUGUUUGACCCAGCCGCUGGAGACCCGAGAGCGGAUCCUCAAACCAGCUCUCAUAUGCAGUUUAUUCCCCACCGUGCCUCCCACCAUCUACUUCAGUACUCGAGACGAGAAAGUGGAGAAGCUCCCCUGGGAGCAGAGGAAGCUGCUGCGAUGGAAGAUGAGCACUGUCACCCCCAACAUUGUGAAGCAAACCAUCGGCAGGUCCCACUUCAAAGUCAGCAAGAAAAACAGCGACUGGUUGGGCUGCUGGGGCCAUCACAUGAAGUCGCCUGGCUUCCGAGCCAUCAAGGAACAUCAGAAGUUAAACCACUUCCCUGGCUCAUUUCAAAUCGGGAGGAAGGAUCGUCUGUGGCGCAACCUGUCAAAGAUGCAGGCUCGUUUUGGCAAGAAGGAGUUUAACUUCUUCCCCCAGUCCUUCAUCCUGCCCCAGGACAUCAAGCUGCUGAGGAAGGCCUGGGAGGAGAGCGGUAGCCGCCAGAAGUGGAUCGUGAAACCACCGGCAUCGGCCAGAGGCAUUGGCAUCCAGGUCAUCCACAAAUGGAGCCAGCUGCCCAAGAGGAGGCCGCUGCUGGUGCAGAGAUACUUGCACAAGCCCUACCUCAUUGGCGGGAGCAAGUUUGACCUGAGGAUUUAUGUUUACGUCACUUGCUAUGAUCCCCUCAGGAUCUACUUGUUCAGAGACGGAUUAGUGCGCUUUGCCAGUUGCAAAUAUUCCUCCUCCAUGAAGAGCCUCAGCAACAAAUUCAUGCACCUGACCAACUACAGCGUGAACAAGAAGAACACGGAGUACAAAUCCAACUCGGACGAGACUGCUUGUCAGGGGCACAAAUGGGCACUGAAAGCACUCUGGAGCUACCUGAGCCAAAAGGGGGUGAACAGCGAGGCCAUCUGGGAGAAGAUCAAGGACAUCGUUAUCAAAACAAUCAUAGCGUCUGAGCCCUAUGUGAACAGCCUGGUGAAAAUGUACGUGCGGCGUCCAUCCUGCUGCCACGAGCUUUUCGGCUUCGAUGUCAUGCUGGACGAGAACCUCAAGCCGUGGAUCUUGGAAGUGAACAUCUCCCCCAGCCUCCAUUCCAAUUCGCCACUGGACGUGAGCAUCAAGGGCCAGAUGAUCCGGGAUCUCCUCAACCUGGCUGGUUUUGUUCUUCCCAACGUGGACGACGUGGCGUCAGGCUCAGGGAGCGCCAGCAGCUCCACCAUCAGUCUAACCAGCACCACGAAGGAGAAGCCGAAGUUGGCCCCGGAGCAGUUCACAGCAGAGAAGAUGAAGCGAGCGUAUUACUUGACACAGAAGCUACCUGAUCAGGAUUUCUACUCCUCCGUCCUGGAUAUCCUGACCCCGGACGAUGUGCGGGUGCUGGUGGAGACUGAGGACGAGUUUGCUCGGCGCGGGCAGUUUGAGCGGGUGUUCCCGACCCGGAUCUCAAUGCGGUACCUGCGCUUCUUCGAGCAGCCGCGCUACUUCAACAUCCUCAUGGCCCAGUGGGAGCUGAAAUAUUACUUGAACAAACCCAGAGGUUUGGAUCUGUUAAGAAGCUGGUGUCACAAAGGGUUCCUCAGUGGUGCCGUGCCAGACUUGGCCCAGAUGUGGUCACUGCCAAGGCCCCACCUCUUCCCCAAGAGUGACGGCCACCUGAAUGGCUUCUGCAAACUGGAAUUGGGCCGAUUUGGCAAACCUCCUCUGCCGAGAGAUGCCGAGGAAGUUUCCAAGGCCCUGGAGCCCAGCGCUUGCCCGCAGAGUUUACCUCUGAUCAGAUACAGCGGUGGAGCCAUCAAGAAACCCGUCGUCCCGCAGACGUGCAGCCGCCUGUCUGACUCCGCCUUGGUCAUGUGACCGAGCGCCACUGGCCCCGGCGGGGGGACGCGCGAACCUACCUCACAGGAAGACGCUGGUGCUGGAUGCUGGCGAGUCGGCGGAGACUCGUGGGCCGCGCGCUGGCCAGGGGGGUAUUUUUGGAGAUUAUUACUUGGCCAAAGGGUUAGAUGCUCAACGUCUAGUUUUUAAAAACAAAAGAAAUGUCUAGACACCGAAGCCUUGGGAAGGCAGGUUUGUUCCUUAGCGCGGAGGAGUUUCAGCUCUGCAAGUGCCCUCGCGGGGAGGGGCCGGAGGGGGCUACCGAGCAAAGAGGUGGGGUUGUGUGUGUCUUAACCAAGCUGAGCUCUCACACGUAUGGUUCAUCGUCGGCUAGUGUCCCCGCAGCCCUGGUAGCCAGCAAUCCUGGGGUGUGACCCGACUCGGCCUUGCCAGGAGCUGGGGCUGGCUCCUCAGGUUGCAUUGCUACUUUUCUCCUUCAGAAGGAGCAGACUUUGGGUCUUUUCAAUCCAUGGGGUCAGCCCCACGUGAGCAGCCCCUGAGCUCUUAGCAAACCUCUGCUCCCCGGCGUGCCCCUGAUCCUGCGCGGAAACCACAGCGGCUUAGAAAUCGGAGGUGGCACUGGCCUGGCUGCUGGCAGCAGCUGCUGCUCUGCAGACACCCCACCCGGCCCCGCUAACGCUAGCCCUGCAAGGCAGGCAGGGGAUCCCGGACCCCGUUACGCUAGCCCUGCAAGGCAGGCAGGGCAUCCUGGGCCCCGUUAACGCUAGCCCUGCAAGGCAGGCAGGGGAUCCCGGCCUAACAGCCUCCUCUCCUGCCCUGCUUACAAACACUGUUUCACUUAGUCAUGUAGUCGGGCUCAUCGCUGCUCCCUCCCCAGGCUAAUGCCUGGGCGUUUGUCUGGUGAGAGAACUCGAGGGUCGGCCCGUCGCCAUGAGCCGUUGGCCCUGGGCUGCGUUCGUGUGGAGAAGGAACCUUACCCGGUACAAGCUGCCCACUGCUCUGAGGCCAGUGCGGUUCUGGGAGGCUGCCUCUCCUCGGCCAGAGCCUUUUAUUCUGCCUUUUCCCAAGAAGCUCUAUUAAAGUUUAACACCUGA